AUGAUAGCACAUAGAAGCAGCGAUAUCGGUUCAUCUGCGGUGAUACUCGAUGCCACCUUGUCACUGUUUACACCAAACCGCUUAUGGCUUUCAACGGGAAUUCGAGCUCUGGAUCAUUGUGUUGAGCAACAAUAUAGAUCAAGUGCUCCUCUACCAGUUCGGGCAUUGGCUCGAGAAGCGGCAGGAACAUUGUUCGAAUCGUUGCGAGCGUGUCACAAAAAUGAAAAAGACGUUGAGGCUCGACAACGAGCACUCAUUGGUGCUUGGCUGAGUCUUUGGUCUGACGAUCGUAUUACUUACUUGGGACCAUCACAUUCAAUUGGAUAUCAACUGGGAGCACCUUUUGGAAUUCCUCAUGGCAUCUGCUCAUGUUUAACUCUUGCUCGUACCGUGGCCAUUCAAGCCAAAAAUUUGCCGGAAAAUGAAGUCAAACAGCUCGCAUCUCUCUUGCCAUUUAUUACGAAGCUCACGCCACAUGAACAGAUCAAUGAUCCACGCGAACAAUCGCUGAAAGUAGCUGAGGCUAUCACGCAGCUUGUCGUUGAUUUGGGCCUCAAUAGUACAUUACGUGAAUAUCAAGUACCCACAUCCGCUUUUCAAGGGAUCGUUGAACGGGGACUUCCUGAUGGCAAGGCUGAUAUAAGAUACAAUGAUUUUGUUACGCUGCUUGAAAAUAUCUAUUAA